GGCUAAGUCGAGAACUGUCUCUGCGACGAUGGGAUGCGCUUAUGGCGUGAAUUUGAAUUGGUCUAUCUUGUUGACAGUCGAGAACCACACGCCGAAUGUAACAAUAUGCAACACAACAACGACGAUCACGCUGGCGGCCAUUACAGAGCCAAAGUCCAAGUGACAUUCGGAAGAAGGAAAACAUAUGACAUAUGGAAAAACAACGAGGACGCUUAUUGGUUCAAAAUUAUUCUUCGACUUAAAUGCAAGUUAAAACCAAUCUAUGUGUCUUCACCCAGAUUCAAAACUAAAGCGGCUAUGCGUGUGUUCUAUGCUUUAAUAAAAACCUAUAUGUGCUGGUUUCUUAUAAUCGACAGAUUGGCAUCUUAAAGUUUUCUUCUAAUAAUUUUAAUCUGACAGUGUAUAUUUAUUGUAAUAGUUUUUAACAUUACUAUGGGUAUUUUUUGAGAAUUAUUUUUUGUUUAAUCGAUUCAUGAACGGUCAGGUAUUUGCCAUUCACUCAACUAUAAAAUGGUCACAAUAUAAUUAAACCGCCUCAAGUAAAUAAAAAAAAAAAAUUUACUUAAAUAAGUUUACUCUAGAAGGAUCUAAAAAUUACAAUUGCAAAUAUUUAGGUGCUUUUUCAGUGAGGUACUUAUAAAAAAACAAGUUUCCAUGUGUUAUUUUAGUAAU